AUGUCGCCGAACGUUCUAUUAUCUGAGGGGUUUGAGGCUACUACGGGUUGCCAGCCCUGCGACCAUGAACCCGGCAUUGCCGAUCAAAUCGUAUUUGCGAACCAUAAAGUCAUGGAUGAGAAGGAAAUUAAAUAUCAUUACGUUACCCCUUGGCACAUCAUCUUCGUUCCAUCCGAAAUACCCGGUGGAUCUCUCGGCGUGAUCACAAAUAUCCUGGCUACAGGCCCGGAUUGCAAUACAAGCUGA